AUGGCGACGUGUACCUGUGUAACACAGAUGGACCCGCCGCCGUUGCUGCAAAGCAUCCAGAAGCGCCAGUCCACGGAGUCCGUGACAGAGUCCACGGAGUCCAUGGGCCUGAGCACGGAUUUGGGUGCGCCGAGCGAUGAGCUGCUCCGCAAGUCCACCGACCAUUCGGCCUUCCGGAUGGUGGCCCCCAGGAUGCCCGGGAUACUGGAUGAGUGUGCCAGUUUGGGAGCCAGGAGCAUGCCGCUGCAGGCGCUCCGAACACGGACCCUUCGCACCACGCCCACGAACCGCAGCCGCGUUGCCGCCAGCAUGCCGAUCGAGGCCUUGCAACGGUCGAUGAUGUGCAGCACAUCGGGCAUGGAACUUUUCCACAGAAGGGACUCCGUGGUGUGUUCGGAGCCCCCUCCGGCCUCGCCAUCCUCGCCUCACUUUCAGGAGCUCGAUGACGUGACGAGGAUAAUGUCCGGCAUGUCCAAUGACUUUGAAGUGGACGAGGACGGUCUGCUGCACUUGGACGGCGAGGAUGAUCUUGUCAAGAAGGUUUCCAGCAGGUUUUCGCUUGAAGCCCUCGACGAGGGUGCGACCCAGACGUCCAGUGGCCUCUGGAAGGACCCGGAGCAAGGGGUCAUCAUCGUGGACUGGGAUGAUACGCUAUUCGCAACCACUUGGCUCGCUGCAAAGAGCGAGUUCAAGUCCUGGCAGAAGAUGUGGGUCUCGGGCGCGGCGCCAAAGCUGUCUGAGGAGGACGCACGUGAUCUGGCGGAGCUGGACAAGGCCGCACGGGCCUUCCUCUGUGCCGCCUCCGCGCUGGGCAAGGUGGUGUGUGUGACGCUCUCGCGGAAACCCUGGCAGCACAAUACCAUGAAGGCCUUCAUGCCUGAGCUUGCCAAGGCAUGGGAAGAUGCAGGCGUGGAGGUGAUCUACGCCAGUGAGGUGAUGUUGCGACGGUACUCCUCAGGUGGCGGCGAGUGCCGCCACGCCUCGGGGCCAGGCUUGGUCGAGCAAGAAGUGAUCCUCAUGGGUCAGUCCAUCAAGAAGAAAGAGAUGGCCAUGAGGAGAGUAAUCAAUAAGGCCUAUGGGACAGGGAGCUGGAAGAACGUGGUCAGCAUUGGAGAUGGCGAAGCCGAGUUCAAUGCGCUGCGAGAUAUUUCCUUCAAGCACACUAACCCCACAAGUGGUGUGACUGGAAGUCAGAAGCGCUUUCGGAUGAAGGCCGUGCAGAUGUUGGACUCCCCGGCCUGUAGUGAGCUCACGACGCAGCUCCAGAUCCUUCAGGCCUGGAUGCCGGCCCUGAUGCAUCUGGACGACGACUUCUUCCUGACUCUCAGCGAUGGCGAGGAGGACAUCUUGGCCAUGCACAACAGGCUGCUUGAGCGCCUUGAAUUCCAGAACUGA